AAAUGUCAAUCGCGGAAAACUCUCGUAAUAUCAACAAUUCAAUUAAUCUCCAGGUAAAAUUAAAUUCCUCUUCUGCCAGAGUCGUACACGAAUUUUCAUCCGGAACCCUAAAAAUCCAAUCUUCACUGUAUUUUGCUUCGAUUUCCCACUAAUUUAAGUGGCAAAAAUUCCCAAAUCAAAGAAUCUGAGGUGAACCCACAUAAGUUUUUCGUCCUUUCUCCAAGACCCAUGUCCCAAUUUUCACUCUAGGCCUCAAAAAAUCCUUUCUUCACGAAGUUCUUGUCUUGUUCUCCAUAAUUCGAAGAAUCGAUCAGAACCCACUUGACCUUUUCGUCCAAACCAAUGUUUCAAUUUUCAUUCUAAACCAAAAAAUUCCUUUCUUUGCGAGUUCUCAUUUAUCUUUUCUCGUUAUACCUCAAGAUUCUGCCAUGGCAGCUGCUUUGAGGUCAAAAUCAUCGAGGGAAACAGCUUCAGUUGCUGUGUCACAAUUUAGGUACUUCAUUCAGAACCAUAUGCACGCCGGUAGGGUCAACCACUUCCAGUGGAGCUCUGGAUUUGACAAUAGUUAUCAAAAUAAUUCGAGUUUCCUCUCCAGUUCCCCAUUCAACUUUACCCCAUUCAAGCCCCUCUCUCUGCGCGGAGAGUAUAUAGAUAAUGGCAAAAAUUAUCCCAAAUUCUCUAGAAAUAAGAGGAAAAUUGAGAAUUUUAGUUCUCAGGGAGACCCACCAGAGGUAUGGCAGCCACCUGGGGCUGGCGGGGAUGGAAUUGUGGUGAGGCCGGGGGUUAAGUUUAUUCAGGUGACUGAUGGCGACGGUUCAAAUGCGGGCUCAGGUGGAGGAUUUGGACCCGGUCAGAAAGAUGGUUGCUGGGGCGGGUCCAAUCUCGGUCCAAAUUUCCCGACCCCGAAGGAAAUAUGCAGAGGACUUGACAAGUUUGUGAUCGGCCAGGAGAGAGCUAAAAAGGUUCUCUCUGUAGCUGUUUAUAACCAUUACAAGAGGAUAUAUAGUGAUUCUUCGCAAAGGCCUGCAGGGAGUACAAAUGGUGACAAAACUGAGGGCAAAGAAUAUGAGAAUGUGGAACUUGAGAAAAGUAACAUUCUUCUAAUGGGGCCGACAGGUUCAGGGAAGACACUACUCGCCAAAACUUUGGCACGGUUGGUAAAUGUUCCCUUUGUAAUAGCUGAUGCAACUACGCUUACUCAGGCAGGAUAUGUUGGAGAAGAUGUGGAGUCCAUUUUAUACAAGCUGCUUAUGGUUGCGGACUAUAAUGUGGCAGCUGCUCAGCAAGGCAUUAUUUAUAUUGACGAAGUUGACAAGAUCACAAAAAAGGCAGAGAGCCUCAACAUUAGUCGAGAUGUGUCUGGGGAAGGUGUCCAGCAAGCACUACUAAAAAUGCUCGAGGGGACUGUGGUCAAUGUCCCAGAGAAGGGCGCUCGGAAGCAUCCUAGAGGCGACAAUAUCCAGAUUGACACGAAAGAUAUUCUCUUUAUAUGUGGUGGUGCUUUUAUCGACUUGGAAAAAACAAUCUCAGAGAGACGUCAUGAUUCUUCUAUUGGGUUUGGUGCACCUAUUCGAGCAAACAUGAGAACGGGUGGUGUUACAAGUGCUGCUGUAACGUCAUCCUUACUGGAAACUGUUGAAAGUAGCGAUCUAAUUGCAUACGGUCUAAUACCUGAGUUCGUCGGCCGAUUUCCCGUCCUUGUUAACUUAUCAGCACUUUCAGAGGAGCAGCUCGUUCAGGUUCUGACAGAGCCUAAAAAUGCAUUAGGAAAGCAGUACAAAAAAAUGUUCCAGAUGAACGGAGUGAAAUUGCAUUUCACGGAAGACGCAUUGAGAUUGAUUGCAAAGAAAGCAAUAACUAAGAACACGGGAGCUCGUGGUUUGCGGUCAAUGUUAGAGAACAUUUUGAUGGAUGCUAUGUAUGAGAUUCCUGAUGUUAGAACAGGAGACGAUAUAAUAGAUGCAGUCAUAGUAGACAAGGAAUCUGUUGGGUCCGGGGGGCGUGGAUCUAGGGCUAAAAUUCUUUACGGCAAGGGGGCAUUAGACCGCUACUUUUCACAACAUAAACUGAAAGAUCCCGAGACAUCUUCAGAAGGGUCUGAAGCAGAAGCUGAGGUAGAACACGAUCUUCCUUCCAUUGCCGCGUUGUAAACUUUGAUGUUUCCUAUAUGUACAGCAUAAAUAAGAAAGAAUAUUAUUUAGCAGAUUUAGAAAGCUGAACUUGUUACUGGUUUGUUGUACCUUUAUGCUGCUCCUACUGUAAAUGGAUGUCGGACAUCUGAUUGUCUGUGAAGAACCGCCACCCCACAAACAGGGAAGAGUGGUGCGACUUGCACUGUAUCAAUAUAGCGCUUUACGACAUCAUCAUAAGCACAAUUGGACAUCCAAUUUUACUA